GCCAACCUUUCCCGGGUUUCAUGUCUUUUUUUUCUCCCUCCUCUCGGCAGGUUCAUGUGCGGGGACCAGCCUUAUAUGGACUGUUCGCUCCGGCAAUGGCUCGUUUUUUUCACGCGGCAAGCGCGGCUUCGGGCUGUGUCAGCCCCAUCCAGAAGUGAUCUCUUUUUCUUCUUUUUUUCGCCUUUUUUUUUUUAAUUCUCGGCGCGCCGUUCCCCUUCCCCUGGAGUUACAAACUGUUUCCGAAGCGGCUGCUGCCCCUCUCCCCGAGUCCCCCCGGGCAGAAGGAGCCCGCAGAGACCCGGGGCUCCGCCGGGGCUCCGCUCGUCCCUCGGCACGAAGCGCUCCGCUCCUUUUUCUCCACGUUUUUCCCCGCCGCCCGCGCCCUCCCCUCGCGCUGUCGCCGCUGUCGCUCCGGGUGACAGCUCGGCGAGCUGCUCCUCCAACUUUCCGGCCCCGCUUUCCCCGGACCAUGUCUCUGACCAACACAAAGACGGGUUUUUCCGUCAAGGACAUCCUGGACCUCCCCGACACCAACGACGAGGACGGCUCCGCCGCGGAAGGGGGCGAGGAGGAGAGCGAAGCGCCGGAGCCUCCCAAGAAAGCGGCGGUGUUGGGCCAAACCCCCUUGGACGCUGUUCAGACGCUGCCUUUGAAGCCCCCUUUCUAUGAUAAUAGCGAUAAUCCCUACACGCGCUGGCUGGCGAGCGCCGAGGGCAUCCAGUACUCCCGUGAGUGCGGGGCCGGGGCCGCGGGGCCGGGGAGCGGCGCUGAGCGCUGUCUGUGCCCGCAGGACCCGCGGGUGCUGGACCGCAUGCUGCCCUACCUGACCGGCUGCUACGGGAACCCGCACUCCCGCACCCACGCGUACGGAUGGGAGAGCGAGGCCGCCACCGAGCGCGCCCGGCGGCAAGUUGCAGAUUUAAUAGGAGCGGAUCCAAGAGAAAUAAUUUUCACCAGUGGGGCUACGGAAUCAAAUAAUAUGGCCAUUAAGGGUGUUGCGAGGUUCUAUAAAUCCGGGAAGAAGCACAUAAUUACCACGCAGACAGAGCACAAGUGCGUGUUGGAUUCUUGCCGCUCCUUGGAGGCAGAAGGUUUUCGGAUCACUUACCUGCCUGUCCAGAAAAAUGGGCUGAUGGAUUUGAAGGAGCUGGAGGCUGCGUUCCAGCCAGACACAAGCUUGGUUUCCGUGAUGACUGUGAAUAAUGAAAUAGGAGUGAAGCAGCCGAUUCGCGACAUUGGUGAGAUCUGCCGCGCACGUAAGGUUUUCUUCCACACAGAUGCUGCACAAGCAGUUGGUAAAAUUUCUAUGGAUGUCAAUGACUUGAAAAUUGAUCUAAUGAGCAUCAGUGGCCAUAAGAUUUAUGGGCCCAAAGGGGUUGGUGCUAUCUAUGUUCGCCGUCGACCACGCGUGCGGCUGGAACCCCUGCACAGCGGGGGAGGCCAGGAGAGAGGACUGCGAUCGGGGACUGUGCCCACGCCGCUGGCAGUGGGCCUUGGGGCGGCGUGUGAGGUGGCACAGGAGGAGAUGGAGUAUGACCAUAAGCGAAUCUCACAACUGGCAGAACGACUUGUUACGAAAAUAAUGAGUGAAGUUCCUGAUGUGGUUAUGAAUGGAGAUAGAGAGCAUCGUUAUCCAGGAUGCGUCAAUUUAUCUUUUGCGUAUGUGGAAGGAGAGAGUCUUCUCAUGGCUCUGAAAGACGUGGCUCUGUCUUCAGGAAGUGCUUGCACAUCAGCUUCUCUGGAGCCUUCGUAUGUUUUGCGGGCAAUUGGAGCAGAUGAAGACUUGGCUCACUCCUCUAUAAGAUUUGGCAUCGGUCGUUUCACUACAGAAGAAGAAGUAGAUUAUACAGUGCAGAAAUGCAUACAGCAUGUUAAGAGGCUGAGGGAAAUGAGUCCUCUUUGGGAAAUGGUGCAGGAUGGAAUUGACCUCAAAAGCAUUAAAUGGAGUCAGCACUGAGAAAAUGAGCUCUAUCCAUGGACUAGACACAAGAGGAUUAAAAUGCAUUUUCUGUACAUUCCUGAACAGCACGUUUCAGCUUUUUAUCAUUUGCAAUUUUAAUGGAAAGCUGCCUUUUCUGAUAAUAGUCUAACAAGCCAAAAAUGAAAGUGGUCUGUAUGCUGGAGAAAGGCAGGAUGAUUUAACAGCCAUUGCAUUUAUAUUUACACACAACAAUUUAUGCCAAGAUGUAUUCUAUUUGAAAAUGUAUUUUGCAAUGUAAAAAAUGAAAGCAUGAAAUCCUCGUAAGAGAUUGCUCCUUCUCAGUGUAAAACAUCCUGUAUAGCUGCUCUGUUUGCAGCACAGACCUGCUCCCAGGCUGCCGGGUCUUCUAGAGGCAAGCAGCCUUGCAGCUGCAGAUUUUUUUCUGCUGCUUAAAUGUGUCAUGAGAAUUUUUUACGUAGGAAGAAGUUUGCCAUUUCUAGAGGAAAAGGAUGCUUCACUGUGGCUAUGUGCCUUCACAGUUAAGUUGUGUGUGGAGUUAGGAACUCUUUUUUUUUUUUUUCCCCUAAAACUGUAUAGUUUUUGCUCUUUUUUUUUUUUUUUUGUGAUGCUUGUACAGUCCAGUGUGCAUUAAUACAAAACAUCGUAUGGUGUUAUGGAAUUUAGGAUACAAUUGUAAUGCACUUUGCUGUCCCCUCUGUUUGUUUUCUUCUACGCAGUAAAGAAAGAAAACUUGAAUGACUGGGAGAGGAGGACACAGAAUAUGCCGGCGUCAGUUGCAGUACUAGUUUAGUUGGAACAUUGGUGGAGGGGGGGGAAUCUCAUAGUGUACGAUGUCCACUGGUUUUGUUCUAGUUUUGCUUUUUUUCCCUUGCAGUGAGUCCUUUGCCAUUUCUGUAGUCUUUGCGUGUGGGCAGUUGGCCUCUGUCACUUUUGGGAGUCUUGCUCAGUUGAAGCUGGGUGUUUUGUCAGUAGGUAGGAACACGUGGCUCUGGAGUUUUUUCUUUGUGUGCCAGAGUUGACUUGUCUUGUUAGAGACUUCCAUGGGAAUCCAUUCCCUGCAAAUGUGGGGGUAAAGGGUCUGUUAAAAUGGGUUUGAUUAGAGGAAUUUGUAUCAGUAUUUCUCCUUUCGUACCUUUGGUGAUCUUUCCAGUAGGAAACUUAACCCUGUAUUACAAAGUGCCUUUGUAUCAGUUGCAUAAGCAGACAGAUCUCAAAUUUGUUGGUUGGUUGAUGGAUGCUGAAUUCAAUAUGCAUUAUAGGCAGUAUGUCAUCAGUUCUGAGUAGUGUCUACCUCGAGGAUGAACCAUUGUAUGUAAAAGCUGAAGCUAGGUCUCACGAAGUGGAUUGAAUUAUAGAAUUGUUCGUUUUUCUGUUAAGGACAGAUUUGGUUGAAUGCAAAGCUAAUUCUGAAUUGUUCUGUUUGAAAUUACAAGCUUUAGCAGUCUUAAUAUUGUAGGACUGACUGGCACCUUAUGUUUCAUCACCAUGCUUUUAAAACUUCCAUAUGCAUAACUAGGUUUUAGAGGCGUUGUUUGUAUUAUAUUUUAUCCUUGGGCCAUGUAUGGUUUCUGGGUUAAGCAUGUGAAAGAAUUGCCCAGCCUGUUUUAGAACUGUAUGUUUAUGAAUUUGUUCUUUGUGUUUCAUGGAUGAUAAAAAUAUAGAUAAAACUUAAACUUGGCUACUUUGAAUCUCUGUAGGUAAUUAUAAAGUUGAAGUUAAAUGAAGAAGAAAGAUUAAAGCACUAUUUUGGGGGAUCUGCUUAUCUAGCUCAACCAUUGUGCAUGAUCAGUAAGUUGCUAAAUUGCAGUCUCUCGUUAGAUGACAGAGGAAGAUAAGUUUAUCAGAACACUGAUACAUGCUCUUUCUCUCAUCAGGCUGACACUUGACUUUUGAUGAGUCAUUCCUCUCAAACCUAAUGUCUGAUCUGACCUAAUAUUUUCUUUUAAACUCACCUGGCUUGGUUGUGAUUACUUGAAGAAAAGGGAACUCAAACCUUGAAGGUCCUUAGCACCUCUCAUGUACUAUCAUAUAUAAAUGCUACAUGUAAAGGUUUGGGCAACUCAUUCACACUAUUAAACAAUGUUUGAAAAUGCUAAUAUGUCAAGAGGAGGAAUAAUUAAUAAUGGAGAUAAGUCUCGCCCAUGCGAGAAUGAAGAAAUACUAAUGCUGAAUGUCUAUUUGUACACCACUGAAUGCAAUUAAAGAUUUUUGUAGGGAAGUUAA